AGGAGGGCAAUAACUCAUUAGCAGAAGCUCUGUAUAUGUGCAUUCUGCUAUUUGCCACAUGUCUACAAGGGAAUUUCUUCAGAGUGCAAAGAAACCUGUGAACUGCUGGAAUAUUAUAAGUCAUUCCUUAAGAUGUCAGCCAAGAGCUUCAGUAUAGUCACAGUGGCUACUGUGCUUACUUUCUUCCUAAAGAUACAGCUCUCAAGGCAAGCGCCGUUGAAUGCGUCAAAAUGGUCUUAUAUUGGUCCUGACGGAGAGAAGGCCUGGCCAAAGAAAUACCCAUUUUGUGGAGGAGUAUUCCAGUCACCAAUUGAUUUCCACAAAGCUAUUCUCCAGUAUGAUUCUAAUCUCUUGCCUUUAGAAUUCAUAGGCUAUAAUGUGCCCUCCACUGACCAGUUUACAUUGAUCAAUAAUGGCCAUUCAGUGAAAAUGUAUCUGUCACCUGCUAUGUCCAUCAGAAACCUCCCAUUUGAAUACACUGCAUCUCAACUUCACCUGCACUGGGGAAACCGAAACAAGUCCGAAGGCUCUGAGCACACCGUCAGUGGGAAGCAUUUUGCAGCAGAGCUGCAUAUUGUACAUUACAACUCUGAGAAAUACCCAGAUAUAACAGCAGCGAUGGACAAAGCAGAUGGACUGGCUGUUUUGGCUGUUCUCCUUGAGAUUGGACCCUUCAGCCCAUCGUAUGAAAAGAUCUUCAGGCACUUUCGGAAUGUGAAAUACAAGGAUCAGAAGGUCCUGGUCCCUGGUUUCAAUAUUCAAGAACUGCUUCCUGACAGACUGGAUGAGUAUUAUCGCUACGAAGGAUCCCUGACAACUCCUCCCUGCUACCCAAGCGUUCUCUGGACAGUUUUCCGACACCCCGUUAAAAUUUCUCAAGAGCAGUUACUGGCACUGGAAACAGCCAUGUACUGCACAGAGCGUGAUGACCCAGAACCCCUGGAAAUGGUUGAUAACUUCAGAAAUGUUCAGGAAUUCCAUGAAAGACUGGUUCUUAUCUCCUUCCAUGAAGGUUAUGUGGUAUCUGUUGUGAUAGCCUGCAUUCUGGGAGUUCUCAUCAUUCUUGCAGUAGUGUUCUGGCUACUAAAGAAGAAAAGCUGCAAAAAGGGAGGUGGAGACAACAGCGGAGUCAUCUACAAACCAGGCAUGUACAAAGAGAAAGAAGACAUCUCCAAAAUUUGAUGCCCUGCAAUGUCAAAAAAGCCCCUUUUCAUUCAUAGCACUGAUUUAUUUUGAAUUAGUGAAACACAUCAGUUGUUCUUGGCUAAUGAUAACCCUCAAGAGAGUUCUAAAAACACAUACUAGCCAAAAGUUUUCUGUAGCCCAUGUUCUCUUGUUUUCCAGAGAGAUAUGAUCAGUGAAUUCCCCUGAGCUGAAUUCCUCGCCACAUUCUUUUCAUGUCUGCUGCUUACUGAGUCUGGGUGUUUUAUUUGAUUUUACAGUUAAUCCUAAACUCCAGUUUUAUGGUUUGUUUAGCACAGGUUUUCCCAUAGGUAUUAAAAUCUGAAGACACUCAUCGAGCUACAAGAAGUCUUCCCUGCUAAAACAGGGGAUCAGUUUUAGCAGCAUGAAUACAAACAAGAUAAAGGGCAAUUUGUAUUUGACACCAAUAUUUGAACUGGGUUGUCCAGCAGAUACAGUUUUGAAAAGCGCAGGAUGUAAUGCCAGUGUAUUCACCAAUGGAAUUGUAAUAUUAAGAGGAAAAGACAAGUGUAAACGCAAUGAAAGCCAUAUGGAUUAUUGAUGGGGUUCAAGCCCAGGAACUCAGUGCUGAGAAAACACUACUAGGGGAACAGCUCACUUUCCAGCUAUUACACAGCCCCACAAAUCUGUUAAGAAAGUCAGCCCCUCACUGUCACAGGGAUUAGAGAAGAAGAUUGUCUUAUUAUUCUGCUCUUAUUUAUAGUACAUGAAUGAUGUGAAGAUAAUGUAGUUGCUGCUGCUUUUAAGCACACUUGUCAUUUAACCACAAAAUCCUGAUAGAUUUUACAGUAUAUAUUACAGCUGCAAUUACACAGUAUACUUUUUUCCAAUUUAUUUCUCUUAGUAAUUUAAUUCUUAGAAAGAAAUCAAAAUUAUCUUUUCAAACCUCAUCAGCUAGAUACUCAGAGUUUGAUUAUGCAUUUUUGGAAGUGAGAAGCACAAACCUGAUUCCACUGCAGACAAUGUGGAAAGUCAUUGACUUUAGGAAGAAUAGGGUGUAUCCAGCCUACCCUGAUGCAUAGAGAAUUCCUCUUCAAUCUGACAUCUACAGUGCAGAUCUGAAAUGCUUGUACUUCAGUAUGCACACAGGAAGUAACAGACACAGGAUUAUACCUAAAAUAACUUCAGGUCUGAAUGCUGCUAAACACUACUGGAGAAAUUUCAAUCUGAACUUUAUACUUAGAUACCUUUUGUAUUCCAUUGCAGCACCACCACGUCUGUGACUUUAAAGAAAUAAAUUCUUAUCAUACAUGCUUUCUCCUUUCAAGAUGGCAGAUUCAGACUGUUUCAGCAUAGUGUGUUUUAGAUUCUUCCUCUUCCAUCCGGAAGUAAACUGUGUGAUGUCAUAAGCAGGCUUUUCAGUGCAAGGAGAAAUAACUUAUUAAUACUAACUGUACAUGAAAUUUAGGAGCACAACCUUACAACUGAGUAUACUGCAUAUGCCAGCGUUUUUAUCCCACAUAAACAAGCAUAUAAUCUUGUUGAAACGUAUGAAAUUACUUAAAAAGCAGCAUUUGUGUGCU